UUUUCAAGUCGGAGAGCUGCUGCGACGGAAGGGAAUGGCGGCGAAUGAAGAAGCGGUGAAGUACGUAUGGGAAGGAGCAAUUCCUCUGCAGAUUCAUCUCCACAAAUCCGAAGUCGCUUCUCACCCGCCUCCUCCUCCUGCUCUCGUGUUAGCGCCAAGAAUAGGAUACUUGCCUCUGUUAGAUCAUCUUAUAAAGCCUUACUUCAAGGAUUCACUUCCUCCUGGGGAAGAUUCCAUCUGGUUUGACUACAAAGGAUUGCCUCUGAAAUGGUAUAUACCAACGGGUGUUCUUUUCGAUCUCCUAUGUGCAGAACCAGAGAGACCUUGGAAUCUCACGAUACACUUUAGAGGAUAUCCUAGCAACGUACUGAUACCAUGUGAAGGAGAAGAUUCUGUCAAGUGGAACUUUGUUAAUUCUUUGAAGGAGGCGGCAUAUAUUAUCAAUGGAAAUUGCAAGAAUGUUAUGAAUAUGUCUCAGAGCGAUCAAGAGGAUCUGUGGACCUCUGUCAUGAACGGUGAUCUUGAUGCCUACACAAGAUUAUCACCCAAGAUUAAAAUGGGAAAUAUCGAAGAUGAGUUUUCAAGAAAAGCAAGUGUGUCAUCUCCACAAUCUCGACAAGGUGGGACUGAGAUAGAUGUGGCUGGACAAGUCAAGACAGCAAGGGUUCCUGUUCGGUUGUAUGUUCGAAGUGUGAGUAAAGAUUUCGAGAAUCUUGAAGAUGUACCUGAGAUGGAUACAUGGGAUGAGAUCUCGUACCUAAAUCGCCCUGUUGAUUUCCUCAGAGAAGAAGGGAAAUGCUUUACUUUACGAGACGCCAUUGAAAGUCUCCUCCCGGAGUACAUUAGAGACAGAGCUCAAACGAGUGGAGAAGAGGGUGAAGAAAGAACCACGGAUGCAUCAGAUGUCUCGCAGGAGACGAGGGGAGAAAUCAAAAUGGUAAGGAUCCAAGGGAUUGAGAUGAAACUAGAGAUACCAUUUUCGUGGGUGGUAAAUAACUUGAUGAACCCAGAGUUCUAUCUCCAUGUCUCUGUUCUUGUUAAAGAACCUCAAAGGUAGGCUCUCUGCAUCUUCAACCGAACUGUUAACUGAACCGGAUUGCUUUCACGUUUGUCUUAGAAGCCAAAAGAAUCAACGAUUUGUUUACAUACAAGCAACUACAAGUACAGUGAAAUUGAAAUUGUUUAAAAUGGUCGAUCAGUACUUGACCAGUCUUUAUUA